CUCUUCGGUGUUUCUAUUGAGCAAAGAUACUAUAUCCUUUGCURUCGCAAUAUCACCCUCAUCAUUCUCUUCUUCUUGACUAUCAAAAUUAGUCACGAAAGAUUUCCCAAAAUCAGCGAGAAAAUCUAGCAAAUUCCGUUCCCGAUGUUUACCGUUUUCAUCAUUCAGAAUCUUUUCAUAGUCUUCCUCUGUCAAUUUGUCAUUAAAAAAUGCAGACAAAAAAGAUUUAAGGUCAUCKUCUGAGGGCUUACUCCCAAGAACAUGAAGGCCACUAGAGAAGAGACGUUCUUGAAGUACGUCCAAGUAAUCUGCUAAUUGUWUCACCCAUUUGUCAAAUGUCUCAGACGAUAAAGACUCUGGAAGAUCUGGAUCUACCACUUUGCUUUCUUCGUCACCUUCAAUCAUCAACAGAGGAACAUCAGUGUCAAUUCCACAACGUUGACACGUGCUCCAUAUAGGCUGUUUUAGAUCCCCCGACGCUCCUGUGCGGUAUUCACSAAUCAAGUCUCUUAGACUUGCUAGUUCCAGGUAUAAACCAGCUCUACCAUAUGGAGGGACAUUGUAGGAUACCAAGGUUCCAUAACCUCUCCGUUUUGCGAGGAUACUCUCACUGGGAUUGUUGGCAGCAUAAAUAUAUAUAUUUGGUAUACCACCAAGUAGUUCGUCGCUCCAAGACUCGCGAUCGUUACCCAAAGGUUGCCCUGAUAGGAGGUGUAAACAAUUAUGAGGCAAAAAUUGAGAUAAAAAUGCGAUGUUCAGAAAUGUCAUCAAAGUUUCAAGUGUGCUGAAUGACCUACCUGGAAGCCACUCUACAGUCCCAUGCAUCCCAAGAUGAACGACAGCCUGUGCUCCGAAUCCACCGUCUUCUUCGGGCAACUUCAUAAACUCGUAGCAAGCACAAUAUUGGGGGUGUGGGGUGAGAUCUCGUUGGAAGAGCAAUCUCAUAGGAUCUCCUUCAACGCCCAGUAGAGGUUGAACUGCAAUCCAGAUAUUCCCUAUUUGUAAACCACUGACAACAAGGUGACCGUUUGAAGAGGUUCCAGGUCCACGAUCUUUCUCACUCCAAGCUCGACGAACUUUGGUUGCCAUGUGCUUCCCCAUGACCUUUUCCAAAUCAUCAAAACUUAGAUCGAGUGCUCGGACCUCGGCUCCACCAAGUCCUCCACCUGGCUUAGCCAGAGUUUCCGCUAUCGUUAUAUCUCCAUUUGUGGCCCUUUCGAUUCUUGAUGCAAGAGCCUCUUUCAUUCUUCCUGCACCACCAGCAAUGACAGCCUCUUCACUUAAUAUCCCCAAUGCUGCAAUGAUGCUAACGAUAGUGAAAAUAUAAAAYAUUGAAUCUGUAAGUACCAAAAUUGUACACAUCUUUGUUUCUGAUGUUGCGAAGGCUACAAAGUUCCAAACUUUCUAAUACUGCGUACCUUUCUCCACAAGCGUUCGGAUCAGUAACAAAAUCUCCAACAUUGUAGCCAUCUUCGUGCAUCUGAGUCAACAUAUUUUCAAGAGAUCUAGGGACAUCCAGCAAAGCUGCGGUUCCMACAGCCCCAACGUUCGGAGGAAAUCCAUAAACCAUGAUCGAAAGCUUCCUAUCUUUCUUAAGGGUUCUUCGCAGCUUAACCCAUCCUUUGAUUCUCGAAACCAACUUUCGAACACGCUCGUUUACCAACGCUAUUUUGUCCCCGACUAAGCCACCUAAUACUACAGUGUCGAUAGCGCCAUCAAGCUCCGGUAGAGAAUAUAGAACGACAGAUUGUAAUCCCAAAACUCCGCUUUCUUUCCAUUGCUUAAUACUUUGUAAAAGCAAAGGACUUGCAACGAUAUAUGGCACAUCCAUAUCUCUCAAUAACUUUUCUGCCACAGCAACGUUUCUUCCUGCCUCMAUUGAUCCAGCAGGCCCACCGACGAGUGGGAACCCAAUCGUGUUAACAAUGGCGUCCACACUCACAGCUUUAAUAGACUGAAAUGAACUUUCCCUAAUAAUGGUGCCACUAYCAACUCCUUUUAUUUCGUGUUCCGAUGUCAGCAAAUCCCGAACGAUCGUGUGGCCUUCUACACCAUUGAUGAAAAUUGGGACAGGACAAAUUCCAUUCUGCUCCAUCAAUCUAAUCAGAUCCAUGAUGUACGGUUGAUCUGUUAUCACRUGUUUCCUGUAAAGAAGGACUGCAACCCGAGGAGCGUCUUUUGGAGCUAAAGUAAAUCCUUCCUGAAGAGCUCUUGCCGAGCAAUCAGCUGAGUUUCUCCAUUCUAAAAAUUCUCUUGGACUAGUGAAGUAUUCGUUAUUCAAAGGAUGCAAAAGGCCUACGUCAGGAGUGACCAACACUUUUGGRAGGUGRCUUAUGUCCUUGUUUGUGUAAGCUUUCUGCAACAAAUCAAYCAUGUAUUUGACAUUCGUAGAGCCACCUUGAUUCCAGUAGCGAUAAGCUUCUAACCAGAUCUUGAGAUCGCUCGCCUUCUCACCAGGCACAAAUUUCAGCAGAUCAGGACCAAAUUUGAGAAGCUUGACAUAUCCUGCAACCCGGUCUUCUUCUUUCCCGGAACCAAACUGAGAAAGUAUUGCUUUGACUGCCGGGGGUGGACCAGCUUUUUCACCAGUAGAAGACUUUUUCAUAUUGAAAGUUCCAACUUCAUUGUAUUCCAUGAGCUCUAGGGAACAUUCAAAUAGUAGCCUCGGUCCUUUCACAUGAGGCAACAACGCUUCAACGGCUAUGACAUCGUCAUAGUCAAAUAUCAAAGAUCCGACAAAAAUAUCUGCAUUCUUCAUCGCAGCUGCGAAUACCGGAUUGGUUUCAGUGGGAGAUACACGAAUUUCAYUGUCUGCAAAAACCUUGAGGUGGACGUCUCCUAGUGAUUUCGCAGCCUUGACGUAAAGUUCUUUGUUGAACGAUUCAAACCCUGCGACGAGGACAAUAUUUGGAUUAUCCGCACCACCUUCUUCUCUUUGACCAAAUGCAGGAGAACGUUCAAGCUGAGAAGAAUAGAGAGUUUGGAAAGAAGAUCUCUGAUUUGGAAAGCGAAUAAGUUCACUUGUUUUUC